AUGACUACAACAACAUUUAAUACUAAUAAUACAUGGAUUAAAACAGUUGAUUUUACAAAUUGUAUCGGAAGUGCGAUUAAAACAGAUAAAAAACUUCAACUUUGGUCAUGCACGUUUAUUUACUGCUCCACAGAUGAAAAUGGAGGAGGUGUACGUUCUACUGGUACAUUUUUACGAUCCAAUUCCUGCCUUUAUCAGAGCUGCACUGCUCAAUACAUGGGCGGAGCAAUAUACUUGAUAGGAGGUCAGCUAGAUACCUUUAGAACAGAUUAUAUAGAGUGUACGGCCAAUGUAGGUCCUGCAAUUUAUCAUUCUGACCUUGGCGAAAAUGGUCAGAAGAAUCUUGAACCAAAUUAUUUUGUUUCAUCGCUUUUUUACAAAUGUACAGGCAUAGAUGAUUAUGUUUUUUACAGUCGCAUUUAUUCAACCCUUGUCCGUGAAGGUUUAAUGAAAAUUAACGUUGAAUUCUGCCGUUUUGAAGCUGGAAAUGAAACCGAUGCAUUUACAGUUGACUCCAUUGAUACCGGAGAGAAGGUUAAUGUUUCAUUAAUCGGACUUUACAGAAAUAUAUUUUAUAUUAAAGGAGGAACAGCCUGGCGACCAGCUACAGCUACGUUUACUCCAACAGCAUCUCGUUCCUUAUUCCCUACACUGUCUCCAACCAUCUCUGCCACCUUUCAUCCUACAGUUACUGCAACUUUCGCUGCCACAUUAUCUCUUACACCAGGAGUUACUCCACAAUAUACAGUUUCCCCAACUGCCUCGAAGCCUCCUACUAUUUCUGCUACGUUUUGGCCGACGAGAACCGCGACAUUUUGGCCAACUAUUACUGCAACGUUUUGGCCAACUGUUACAGCCACAUUUGCACCAACUCCAGAGAUUACUCCAACAUUUCCGGCAACACCAGCUUAUACACCAGAGAGAACUGCUCCUUCUCCAUCAUUUACUCCAUAUCCAUCAAGAACGCCUUGUAUCACAUGGCCAAAACUUGGUUUGGGAUUACUUAUUUUGUUCCUUAUUAUUGCAAUCAUUGGUAUCAUUGCGAAUAUAUUCCUUUGCAGAAUUAGUGCAAGGUCUGGAAAGAAGAUGGCAAAGCAGAUCAUCGAUGGAAGACAAGGAGACGAAGAAGACGAUGGAUGCUGUGCAAAAUAUUGCGGCCUUUAUUGCUGCUGCUAA